AUUUUAUUUAAUUGGUGAACAAUGAAGGUGAACUCUAGGUAUCCCAAGAAGCCUUUGAGAAGAAACAAUUUGAAAUUUGACAUUCUGUUCUUUCUUAUAGUUUUCAUUUUUGUCUUUGGAUACGCACCAACAGUAACAAGUACUAGCCGACUUCACUUAUGUGUACUGUCACUGGUUAGCUCGAUCUCCCUAUUCCUGCCUUACAGAAUAGUAUUAUUUCUGAGAGAAUUGGUUUGGUUUUACAAGUAUACCAGUGUAAAUGACUUUUUACUGAAGAAUAUCAAGACCUACAAUUGGAGAAGUAUACUUAUCACAUGUGGCCCUAUUAUAGGCUUUCUUCUUUUUCAUUGCCUUAAUCAUGAAAAUGAUGUAAAGUUUCAGGAUUUCCUGAAUGUACAAUUUUCAUUUUUGGACAUUUUGAUAUGUCUCCAAAUUCCUGCUUUGGGUCUCUACUACCAGUGGGAUGAUUGUCCAGUGCUGGAAUCAUAUAGACUGGAAGAAAGCUCCAGGUUUAGUGGUGGAAGUUGUAUGGCACGAGGAUUUUUCUAUGGAUAUUUGAAGAUCAUUACUCCAGGUUUGUAUGACAAAAUCGUUCGUUAUCAAAACGAGAACAAUUUAACUGAUAAAGAAGUUCCUGUGAAGCGGCUGUGUGUGCUGAUACCAUCAUCAACCUUCAUAUUUGAUAAAACUCCGUAA